CUGACGCGGAAGUGUAGAGCCUCAUCGUUUUUUCUCCACAACCGGCAUGUAAAUACUAGAUACAGCGUUUGGCAUAGACAACGCUAACUUCUAUUUAAUGUCAGGAGCGGCUCAUCUACACGUGUCCGAAACUUACAGCGCGUUAAUAUUAGUCCAACGCCUGCUUGCGCGUUAGCUUAAACGUGUGUGUGUCCUGCUAUGAAACGGUGUCCCCAUUGAUCGGCUGAGAUGCUGCCCGCCGGUCCCCAGCUGCAGCUCCUGCGGCUGCUGUCCUGUGUCACUGUUAUUUUACUUUUUCAAGUCACCAGCGCCAAGAAGGAUUUAAAAAGCGCCUGCAAUACCUGUCAGCAAGUCACUGAUAACUUCAACAAGGGCUUUGAAAGAACGGCAAAUCAGAACUUUGGAGGCGGCAAUACAGCCUGGGAGGAGAGAACGCUGGCUAAAUAUGAGACGAGCGAGAUCCGUCUGAUGGAGAUCCUGGAGGGUGUGUGUGACAGCAGCAGCUUCGAGUGCAACCGCAUGUUAGAGGAGCACGAAGACCAUUUUGAGACUUGGUGGUUCAAGAGGAAAACAAAACACCCCGAUCUGCAUAAAUGGUUCUGCAUUGACGCCAUCAGAACGUGCUGUCCAAAUGGAACGUUUGGACCGGACUGCAAGGCCUGUGUGGGAGGCUCUGAGUGGCCGUGUCACGGAAAUGGACAGUGCGAUGGCAACGGGACUCGCGGCGGCGAUGGAAAGUGCAGCUGUGACGCCGCCUAUGAGGGGGACUCCUGCCUCGACUGCAUCGGCGGCUACUUCAACGAAGUGAGGAACGACACCUUCUCCCUGUGCACAGCGUGCCACACUUCCUGCAAAACCUGCACGGGGGCGACCAGUCAGGACUGUGAUGAGUGCAAAGACGGCUGGGAGGACGAUGACCAGGAGGCUUGCGUUGAUGUAAACGAGUGCUCCGCAGAGGCUUCGCCGUGUGGAGAAGAGCAGUACUGCGUGAACACGGACGGCUCUUACUCCUGCGCGGCUUGUGACAGCGUGUGCUCCGGGUGCACCGGGGCCGGCGCUGAUAAGUGCCGGGCUUGUGCCGGCGGGUACGAGGACGCAGAGGGCACCUGCACAGAUAUUGAUGAGUGUUCCCAGCCAGAGCCGGUAUGCACCGAGGAGCACGAGCAGUGUGUCAACACUCAAGGCAGCCAUGUGUGCUCCUGCUCGAGUGGUUAUGAGGAACAGGAAGGAGAGUGUGUCCCCACCCUACAUCCGGAAAAAGAGGAGGAGUCUGAAGCGUCCGGGACGACCACCGACGGUCCACACGAGGAGCUUUGAUUGGAAACACCGAGACGGAUCAGGAAGAACAGUUUUGUGUAGUGCGAUGGAUUAAAUCUGCACAUCUGAAGCCGCCCAUUUUUUUUUUUAAACGUCGACUACAUGCACUUAAUGUACCAGAUGCACUUAGAACCAACGAACGCUGGCCAAGGAAGUUUUUCUCCAGCAGUGGAUCAUGGAUUAAAGGACAAUAAAAGAGACAUUUGAUGCUCUCAGGUUGCUGGUUAUUGUUGCUUUUCCCUGGUGUGCACAAACUACCACUUAUUUGUCUUUAUCUGUUGUAUGGUUUUAAAAUCAAAGAUUCAAUAAAGGUGAAGUAAAAAGAA